AUGCGCUCCACUCUCGCUCUGUCGCUGUCUGUCGCUAACGCUGCCGUUGCAGCCUACUCCUUCGAUCCCCUGGAGCAUCUCGCGGGCAUUGCACCGUACUUUGAGCCCGAGGACCCGCCGCUCGACCCGAAGGCGCCGCAGGGUUGCAAUGUCACCCGCGCCACAUACCUCGUAAGGCAUGCUGCCAUCUACGCCAAUGACUUCGACUAUGAGGAGUACAUCGAGCCGUUCACCGACAAGCUGGAAAAUGCGAGCGUGGACUGGAGCAAGGCGGGACCGCUGUCCUUCCUCUCCACUUGGCAGACACCCAUCUCCGAUGAGGAGCUCGAAGACUUGACCAAGAUUGGGCAGCUGGAGUCGUACAAGUUGGGUGUGGACGUGAGCCUGCGGUACCCUUCGCUCAAGAGGUCGAACAAGGUGUGGACCUCGACGGCGGAGCGGACCGAGCUCAGCGCGAGCUCCUUCAUCGAUGGCUUGUCCAGGAGCAACGAGACCGAGCGCGUGUCUGUGCCAGAGACCGAAGCUGAGGGUGCCGACUCAUUGACCCCAUACAAGGGCUGCCCCAAGUACAGCUCGUCGUACGGAAGCGACCAGUCAUCUAAAUACAAGGAGAAAUACACCAAGCCCAUCAUCGAGCGCUUCAAGAACCUCGCACCGGGCCUGAACUUCACCGCCGAUGACAUUGUCGGCAUGCAGGAGCUGUGCGGUUACGAGACCGUCAUCCGCGGCUCCUCGCAGUUCUGCAGCCUCGACCUGUUCACCGCCAACGACUGGUUGGACUUCGAAUACAUGAACGACAUCCAGUACUUCUACAAUGCCGGAUACGCCAACCCGAUCUCGGGCGUGCUUGGCUUCCCAUGGGUCAAUGCAUCCGCAGGCCUCUUGCUCGAGGACAAGACAGACCAAGACAUCUACGUCUCCUUCACGCACCGCGAAUUGCCGCCCACCGUUAUCGUUGCGCUGGGCCUGUUCAACAACUCGAUGUACUCUGGCACCAACAACCCGAAUGCGACGAUGCCAUUGACUACGCAGAACUACGGCCGCGUGUGGAAGUCGUCGGCCAUUCUGCCCUUCUUGACCAACAUCGCCGUCGAGAAGAUGUCCUGCGACAGCUACGGCUACGACGCUGGAGACUACUUCCGGGUGCUGGUGAACCAGAGCCCGCAGCAGCUUCCCAACUGCGACGACGGCCCAGGCGUGAGCUGCUCCAAGGCGACGUUCCAGGACUUCAUCAGCAGCAGAGGAGAAGAGUUCGGCAGCUUCACAGAGAAGUGUCAACCGGAGUACAAAAACUCGACUGACGUUAUGACGAUUUACGAUGCAUGA